AUGAAUAUUCUCAUGUUAAAGAGGAAGAGUGCUAAAAACGUAAAGGAUGAACUGGAGCAUUUGGCCUCAGGCGAUCAGCAGAAGAGCCCAUCUGCUCUGCAGAAAGACACUCCGCAAGAGAAUAAGAAAGGUUACACAACAAAUACCAGUUUCAAGUCAGUGUAUGAACCUCAGUUCAACCACAACAUGUGGAAGUACAACCGCUGUUACUCUCAGCCUCGCUGCUCAGAGGAAAAGUACUAUUUCUCCAGGAACAUUCCGCAUCCUAGGAUGGUCUGUCACAUACCAGGAUUAAACAACGCUCCAGUCUGUGUUGUAAGAAGCAGCUUUUCAAGAGAACACCCAUCUGCUAGCAACACAGUCACCCCCAAGCGAGAAGCUCAUCAAGAACGCGUGCUAACUGGGAACGCCACAAGCAAUACAUCUGCCAACUGCUACCUUCCAAAGCUGGAGGGUUUCAGGCGAAGGGAGCUAGGCACUUCACAGUCUGUGACACAAGGACCUGCGGAUGUUCCUAAAAGGAUUCAAAAUAACCCCACUUCAUCUGAAAAGCUUCUGAAAAAACGAUUCCAAGCCUCUGCAGAACCUGCAAAUAGGCAGGGAAGCCAUGUUGCGCCUCCCACUCAGCCUUCCUCUCCAUUCGUCAACUUGCGUUACAGUCCUCGCAUCCAGGAGAAUGAGAAUUCUGGCCUGCACUACCUGGAUCAGAAAAUAAAGGUGCUGGAAAAACUCAGCAAAAUUUUGCAGACAGAUUCGCUUACCGAGAUCCAAAAAUGGUUCACAAGGGCAAGUGAAAAAGAGAAAGACUUUGUGUGCAGUCUGAUUUGUUUAGAACUGACUGACAAAAGUGUGCUGAAUUCUAAGGAAGGUACAGCAGAGAACAUGAAUAACCCGAGUCCGCUAGAGCCUCUCCCUCCUCUUCAGAGGCGUCCAGAAAGGGAAAUGAAUCGGUCCAGGUCUUCGGCUAAAGAAUCAGUGGCAAGUCAAAACAUGAAGCAGGAAAGGAAGAAAGAACGUCUUCUGCUCUCAGCGCUGAGAAACAGAGGUCCAGCACAAGCAGACGCGCUGUUCCGAGGGAAGAACUGCAACUGA